AUUCUCCUCAUUAAUUCUCUGUCUACCAUUUGCUUCUCUCACUAGAAGUUCCAAAGGGCAAAAAUGGCAAUUCUAGUGCUUUUCUUGGUUGGUUUUCUUGCAAUGGCGUCCCACGUUAAUGGGUACGGUGGGGGUUGGGUCAAUGCACAUGCAACCUUCUAUGGUGGGAGCGAUGCCUCUGGAACUAUGGGCGGCGCUUGUGGGUAUGGGAACUUGUACAGCCAGGGGUACGGUACAAACACAGCAGCGUUGAGUACAGCACUCUUCAACAACGGGCUGAGCUGCGGCGCCUGCUACCAGAUCAGGUGCGCCAACGAGCGGCGGUGGUGCUUGCCGGGCUCCAUUCUGGUCACCGCCACCAACUUCUGCCCGCCGAACAACGCCCUCCCGAACAACGCCGGCGGGUGGUGCAACCCUCCCCUCCACCACUUCGACCUCUCUCAGCCCGUCUUCCAACGCAUUGCUCAGUACCGAGCCGGAAUCGUUCCCGUUGCUUACAGAAGGGUGGCGUGCAGGAGAAGAGGGGGAAUAAGGUUCACGAUCAAUGGGCACUCGUAUUUCAACCUCGUACUCAUAACCAACGUCGGCGGCGCCGGCGACGUGCACGCCGUCUCCGUCAAGGGUUCCCGGACAGGGUGGCAGCCGAUGUCGAGAAACUGGGGGCAGAAUUGGCAGAGCAACUCCAACCUCAACGGCCAGAGCCUCUCGUUUAAGGUCACCACCAGCGACGGACGCACGGUGGUGUCCUACAACGCCGCCCCUGCCAGCUGGAACUUCGGUCAGACCUUCGCCGGAGCUCAGUUCCGUUGAAAUUAAACGCGGGAUUAAUUCCUAUAUCUAACAAUAUAUUAUUAUUAAUAUUAAUAUUAUUAUUAUAUAGUUGUUUUACUAAUAGGUGUUGUUGUAGUUGAAAGUGUUGGGGGUCAAAAUUGAGGGGGUGGGGGCUAAUUUUAAAAUAGUCCUUCGGCUUUCAAAGGAGGGCACUCAAUGUAAUUCCUAGCAUUUUUAAGGGUUUUUGUUUUUUUUGGGCUGAGGUGGAUUUAUUACCACCCGCUUCAUCUUUUAAGGACUAGUAGUAAUAGUAAUUAUGUUACUACAAUUCUAGUGUCUUUUUUUUUUUCUAUCUUGGAGGGGUAGAAUGGGGAGAGGUUUGUCACCUUGUUUUGUUUUUUGCUUGGGUUUGUAUGUAAGAUGAUGAGCUAAAUGUAAUUAAAUCCAAUUUUAGUAGUACUUACUUAAAAUGUUUUAUUUCCACU